GACGGAAAGGUCUGUCACCGCCCCGAGCUGCAUGCUGCAGCGAAGUGUACUUGCAGGACUCGGGGCGGCACAGCUGUCAGUUUGAGCCUGUUUUUGAGUUGGGCGUUCUCCGAACACUUUCUGUUUUUCGGCUCGGUUGUUCUUCCCCGGCCCGUGCUCGCCUCCGUCCGGCCCCAGAACCGAGAUAAAUCCUGCAUGAAGCCUCCGGGAGGAGCUGGGAGAGCAGGAUGAAGUUCCCCGCAGCGACGCUGAGCCUUUGUUUGUUGACGCUGCUGGAGACGAACGUUCACCGCACGGGGACUUGUUCGCCGGUUGAAGGUUCGGAUGAAGACUCUUUCCGUAUUCAGCACUCGAGCACAGGAAGCUGUGUGGACGUGASCCUGGCAGACUUCAGCCUGGCCCCCUGCAACAGGACCACCCAGCUGUGGAAGUGGGGCUCGGGUCACCGGCUCUUCCACGUGCACUCGUCCCUCUGCCUGGCGCUGGACGUGCGGCAGAAGAAGCUGUCUCUGGAGGACUGCGGCUCCAACGGGUCGCUGUCGUGGCGCUGCCAGGACGGAGCCGUGUACACCGCCUACGACAUGGUCCUGACGGUCAGCGGGGGGAAGCCGGGGGUCAAACGGAACGCCGGCGAGAACUGGUGGAGGGCGGGGUCCCGGGAGAACAUCUGCCACCGAGCUUAUCGAGUCGUUCACACGACCAACGGGAACUCAGCAGGAGCUCCGUGUGAGUUCCCCUUCAGGUUCAACGGCACCUGGUACCACCAGUGUCUCCCUGACCCAGAUGUCCCGGGUCUGACCUGGUGUUCCACGGUUCAGGACUACGAAAAGAUCAAGAAGUGGGGGAACUGUCUAAUUCCUGAACCCGGCUGCCAGAACCUGUUCUCCGGUCCAGAAGGAGACUCCUGCUACGAGUUCGUCCCCGGCGCCGCCGUCACCUGGCACGAAGCUUUGGACUCGUGUCGCAGUCAGGGAGCGGAUCUGCUCAGUCUGUCCGAGUCCGAGGAGCUCACCUCCACGACCCUUCUGGACGGUUUGGGACGGAUGCCUGAGACCAUGUGGAUCGGUCUCCACCAGCUGGACUUGUCUCAGGGCUGGCAGUGGUCCGACGGCUCGCCUCUCUCCAUCCUGCGCUGGGAACCAGGAGUAUCCAUUUCCACAGUGGACUGCGGUGUCCUGAACUCUAAGAUGAACUACGAGCCCAUGUCGUGCUACAAGCAGCUGCCGUAUGUCUGCAAGAAGAAAGUUAACGCCUCCGACGACACAGAGAGCCAGCUGGAUGUUUAUAAAGAGACGGUUUGUGGCGACGGCUGGGUGCCGUGGAGCGGCUGGUGCUACAAGCUGUUCAAUGUGUCACGAAACUUCACYGACGCCCAGCAGCACUGCAGCGCCGCAGAGGAAGGACGUUUAGCUUCUUUCCACUCCAUCGACACCAAAGAGAUGAUCAGCACUUAUUUCCACUCAGGCAGUGGGACAUUGGACGUGUGGAUYGGUCUGACCGGUGCUGGAAUCAAGUCCACCGUCUUUAAAUGGUCCCACGAGRGACCCGUCACCUUCACCUACUGGGACCGGAACCAGCCUUCACAGCCCACCGAGGAGACCAGCUGCGUCUUCUACUCCGGACAGGGUCACAUGUGGCGGGUCGGGAGCUGCACCCAGAACCUCCCCUUCAUGUGUCAGAAGGAAGGAGUGGUCAAYGAUUCGGUGGCACAAACCGGAUGUAGCUGGAAAGAUGGCUGGAGGAGACAUGGCAGCUCCUGCUUCCGGGUGAACACCACCCAGGUCUACUUCAAGGAUCGCUGCAACAUGACGAUCAGGACCAGGUUUGAGCAGGCCUUCAUCAACCGUCUCCUCAGAGGACACAUCAGUAAGGAGCCUCAGUACUUUUGGACCGGCCUGCAGGACAUCAAGCACACGGGACAAUACCAGUGGAUGAGCCAGGACGGCUCCCCGGGUCGGGUCACAUACACAAACUGGGGCUACUCAGAACCAGUGAUAACCGGUACUUCUGGGUCGGCCUGAACAGGAGGAAUCCAUCCGACCCUUCCUGGCAGUGGAGCGACGGCCGACCUGUGUCUCUGGACGUUUUACACCACGAGUUCCACGAGGACGACGCCUACAAACGGGACUGCGCCGCCUUCAAGUCCAUGAAGAGCGGCUUGACCCACCUGCUGAUGUUCCUGAUCCACGAUAUCCGGGUCGACCCCUUCUUCGCCGCUCCGUUCCACUGCGAGGCUCGGCUGGAGUGGGUCUGCCAGAUCCCCCGCGGAAAAACUCCACUAAUUCCAGCCUGGUACAAUCCUGGCGGGCACCACCACACGUCCAUCUUCGUGGACGGGUCGGAGUUCUGGUUCAUGAAGGAGCCCAAGUUGACGUAUUCUAAUGCGGAGCUCUACUGUCAGAAGAGUGACGGCAGACUGGCGUCUCCGCUGUCCCUCAACGCUCAGGACAAGAUCCAGAAAGGAAUAAAAAAGCUGUUGGACUCCAAACAUCUGAACUGGUGGAUCAGCGUGAGUGACUCUGACAUCCUGUUUCCCAGGCAGUACAUGCUCACUUAUCACUCACGGUUCUUGGGUCGAUGUUCUUCCAUCAGUCCUGACAUGUACAUACGCCCCUCCUUUUGUGAUCAAACCAAUUCCUUUAUUUGUGAAAAACACAACGUCACAUCGGUGGAGAUCAACCCUCUGGACCCUCAGCCWGGAGGACUUCCCUGUGAGAAUACGUCUGUCCCCUUCAGAAAUAAGUGCUACACACUGAUGAACAUAAAGUCUGCAACUUAUAAACACGCCAGCGAGCAGUGCCAGUCUGUGAGGGGAACCCUGGUCACCAUAUCCGACCAGGUGGAACAAGACUUCAUCAACACUCUGCUGCCGCAGAUGGAAAGUUUGGACAGRAUCUGGAUCGGUCUGAAAAUGAACCUGACCCACAGCGAAUGGGUCGACAAGUCCUCGCUGGUUUACGUCAACUUUAACCCUCUGCUCCACGGCAUGCACCGGUCCAUCAAAAUCAACAGACUUGACAAAGAAAGCUGGGACCUGUGUGUUUUCUUGAUCAAUAAUCCCAACUCCAACCUGCUGGGAACCUGGGAUUAUUCUCCCUGUGCACAACAACAAAACCUGGGCAUUUGCCAACAUUAUGCAGAUAAGGUGGAGGAGCCGACGUUCCCCAAAGAGUCUUUCACCAUCAACAACCACACCUUCCAGAUCAUCGCCAAGAACCUGAGCUGGUUUGAGGCCAUGGAGGAGUGCAACAAGAAAAAUCUGAACCUGGCAAGUGUUGCAGACGCCCUCGUACAGUCCACCCUGAGCGUGCACGUGAGCCGCGCUCGAACGCCCAUGUGGAUCGGCCUCUUCAGCGAAGACGACGGGAUUCACUACAGGUGGACCGACCACAGUCACACAGUGUUCAGCCGCUGGUCUGAGGACCACACCAGCGGCUCGUGUGUUUACCUGGACACGGACGGGUUCUGGAAGGCCACAGAAUGUGAGGAGGAGCUCGGAGGAGCCAUCUGUCACAGACCGCACAAAGAGAUCAUCCCCAAACCAGAAGAUGUUGCCGUGAAAUGUCCUCAUGCCAUUCGAGGACCAAACUGGAUCCCCUGGGGGAACAACUGUUACUCCUUCCAGCUCACCAAGGGCAGAUGGGACAAUUUUGACAAAGGCCAGGUUUCACAAACCUGUAAAAGUAUUGAUGCUCAAUCAAACAUCCUGACCAUCAGAAACCAGCAAGAGAACAAUUUCAUCGCCAGCCAGCUCAAACAGUAUGAGAGUUUGGUCAAGUUUGUUUGGCUGGGAAUCUACAAAGAUGAGGAGAACCUGACAAAGUGGUACGAUCAAACGACCGUCCAGUACUCCAACUGGAUCAACGGCCGACCGAUUCUCAACGGACCCUUCAUGGCUGGUCUCUCCACUGACGGCUCCUGGGUUCUCACAAGACACUCAAGAUUGCUCUCUGAGUUCAGACAACAGUCGAUCGUGGUCUGCAAGCUGGACAAAGAAUCCAAAGUGGAGUACAAUCGGUCAGUCAGUAAUCUGAAGACGUACAAAAGCUUAACUUACGAGGUUCUGACCAAACAGCUGAGCUGGUACGCGGCUCUGGAGGAGUGUAGUCAGCGUGGCGGUCACUUGGCGAGCAUCCAUGACAAAGACCAAGACGACCAUCUCAAGCUAAUCGCAAAGACGGACGGCUUCCCGCUGUGGAUCGGCCUUUCCAACCAGGAUAUCAGCGGCUCAGAGUACGAGUGGUCAGACGGGACGAAGCUCAAGUACAAAACCAACAUCAUCGAGUCGCUGUCAGGUUCCAGCUCAGACCCACACGAGGCCAAGUGUUUGUUUAUAAACCCCGCUGGAGACUGGGUCAGAACCAGCUGCAAAACCGAACAGGACGGGGCCRUCUGCUACAUCACCGAGACCACGACCCCCUCCCAGAGAGCCAAACUGAAAUCUGCCCCGGUGGCCAAUCACUGUCAUCAGAACCAGGGCCCUUCUAACUGGGUCCAGCACCAGGAUCACUGUUAUUUAUUCAACGAGAGCUUCUACAACUACAGCAUCUACAGGAUGGACCAGGCCAGAAGCAUCUGCGCCGAGCUGGGUGCUCAGGUCCUGACCAUCAAAACCCAAGAGGAGAACGAUUUUCUGGUCCAGCACAUCACGGACGACCCACUCAUCACCAACCAGGUGUGGCUCGACGUGAAGUUCGAUCCUCAAGGUAAAGCCGUUUCCUGGCAGGACGGYUCCACGCUGUCCUACACAAAGCUGAAUUCUGACACCACACCGAGGUCCGAGCCCGUCUGUGCCGUCAUGAUGGCGGGAGACGGCGGCGGGUGGAAGAUAGUCCAGUGUGAAAACACCAAGAGUCGUGUCGUCUGCAAAACUCAAGCAGAGUCUUCAGGCUCCCCUGUAGCUGUAGGUCUCUUCAUCAUCGUCGUCAUCGCGCUCCUCUUAGCCGUCGGCUUCAUCGUCUACAAGAAGAGACGGUACCGCUUCACCUCCUCCGUCCGCUACAAGCGGACCUUCGACGACAUGGACAGCACCAGUAUUCUCCCUGAUGAGGACUGAGCUUCGGCUCCCGGCCUCAGGGACGAUCCUCGCGACUGCAGCCCGUUUGUUUUCGUCUUGUUGCGACUUUAAAACUUUUUUUUAAUUUUGCGUUGAGCUGUAAAUACUGAGAUGUGAAUCGCUGCCAAAGUUUCUUAAUUCACCRUCUUCGAACCUUUACUCUGAAAGGGUUAAACUGCACUGAGUUCAAACUAAGAAUCAAACAUGCUGUUUGUGUUUUUAUACUUUAAUCCGACGACAGGUYUCCUGAAAAAUGCAGAAAAAUAUUUAUUUCAUUCAACCUCAAGUGUUUAACGAGCCGGAUGCUCCGUUAGCAAAACUCCCCAUCCAAGAUGGCCGCCGCCAAACAGCUCCGACACAAAAGUGUUCAGUUUGAGAGGUAAUGAGCUGAAACUCAGUGUGGUAGUAGCCGGGGGUCAUCCAGAACUCAAUCUGUGAUCACGAGGGGGGUUUGUACGGGAAAAAUCUUGUGCCAGCAGGAAGUGAAUUUGAAUUUCUCAGAUUGAAUCAGAAUUCGCAUAAUUUGAAAUUGAAUGCAUUGGUUUGAAAAUGAAUUUCACUAAAUUGAAACUGAAUUUAUAAACUUGCGACCU